AUGAGCGCUCUCGCCAAUCUUACAACCACAUGGACCAGCGGGAGCACGAUUGUCACGACCUCUGCCGUUGACGUCACAACGUAUGCAUGUGCAGGAAUCGGGGAUGAGAACGUUUGCGGGGACAUCACUCUGCGUCGAUUGACCGAAGUGACAAGUGGCACGGCAUUCGCAGCACCAUUUGUGGUUUAUUGGCAGUCAAGCGACUUUGCGAAAUUUCCUAGUGAGUAUGCAUCGUCUCUCGCAGCAGCGAUCAAUGUUCCCUUCGAUGACCCAGCCACUACCUCAUCAAGCAUGACUGAUACAAAUUCCGCACCCCCCUCCACGAACCCAAACAACGAAGACCCCGACACUGCUAUGAGUCCCGGCGUCAUAGCUGGCAUAGCCGUCGGUAUUGGCGCGUUCCUCAUAAUCAGUAUUGUACUGCUCCUGUAUCUCCGGCGAAGGAUGAAACAGAAGCAGCAACAGCGUCUUCAGCAUUCGGCCAUGUGGGAGAUGGAAGGGAGUUCAAGGGGAUUGAAGCACUUCCUGGGUGGGAGAUGGAGGGCUGAGCAAGACGGAACAUCGCAGCCGGUUGAAGCUGGAUCGACAAGCGUGAGGAUCAUUCCAGGACCGCCUGUGGAGUUGGAUACUACACCGGCAGAGAGGACUCAAUGA